AUGAGCGAACAAGGCGCUGGUGGAGGUAUUGACCACCACAUGUCGACUCACAGGAAGCAGGAUUCAAGAGACGAGCCGAUGCCGACAGAGUCCACACCCGAGACGAUGCCACAGCCCUCUAAAUCAGACUCCGAAGAACUCAAGCCUCUCCCCCAAAACCUCCCCCGGAAGCUCAGUGAGAGCAGGCCGAGCGGACAUGGGCGGCUGAUCACACCACCACAAUCUCUCUCGCGGAAUUCCUCUUCCUGCUCAACCUCUUCAAACCCGAGGCCGCAAGCCGAGUAUCUUCCAGCACGCACACCGGGGUUAGAGCCGCGGCCACAACCACCUACGUCGCAUCCCACACUCCCUGCAAGCCCACAGUUGGAACCACCCGUGACAAAAGCGACGCUGAGCGAACUCGACGUACAUAAGAUCGUGCAUAACCCCAAGCUGCGCCAUGACAUCAACUUCGACCCUGAGCUCCACUUUCGGCCGAACCUGGACGGUGAGAAGGGGAAAAAGAAGCAAGAGCGGGCGAACCAGUUCUGGAACACAUUAUUCGACCAGCUGGUAAUGUUCGUCACGGAUCGGGAUUCAUUUUAUGCAGCCAACGGUCACGGGGAUUGGAGUCUACCCGUGCUGCUUCGGGCAAUCCGGGACAUCAUAGAGACAUUGGUACCGCAACGCGACCGCGAGUUGCUCAACGAGGGCUUGAAUGUGGAGCUGCUCAUGCAACAGUUCAACCGGGGUGUGGCCGAUCUCGAGAAGUUGGCGUCAUGGCUGGCGAGCGUUCUCAAACUGCACUGCGCUCCCAUGCGAGACGAGUGGGUGGACGAGAUGUACCAAGAGCUCAGCAACGGCAACAGCAACAACGACAUGCCGGAGCUCGUCAAGGGAAUGCGGAGUCUGCUCAACGUUCUCGAAGCCAUGAAGCUGGACGUGGCCAACCACCAGAUCCGUUGUCUGCGCCCGGUGCUUAUCGAGGAUACCGUCCACUUUGAGCAGCGCUGGUUCUUCCGGAAGAUGGAGAGUGGCAGGUUGAGCAUCGCCCCGUCUCGGAAGUGGUACCGUGACGCCCUGGAAUCCGCCGAGCGGCUGUACGCUGGGUCGCCCAUGCCGUACCAGCAUGCCUUCGGAGAGAUGUCGGUGUUCUUCGAUGCCCUCUCUCGCCUAGUACUCCCGUCCGCCGGGUCCGAGCUCCCGCCAACGUUUGUCUUCGACGAGGACCGCGUGGCUAAGCUCCGCUCCGACAUGUACGACAGCAUCUGUCUCGAGGUUUGCAUGCGCAAGUUCGAAGAACUGGAGCGCUUGUCGCGAGCCACCCAGAUGUGUGUGCCGUCGUAUGUCAGCGAGGAGGCCGCUACGACGGGUGCCAACCGGCUAUCGGGCGAGUUCAACUUCCAGGCCGCCCACAGCUCUCGCCCUUCAAGUCUUGCCUUCAGUGACGGCAGCUCCAAUUUCUCAUCUCCACGCAACUCGGGCAGCUUCUUCGGCCAGCCCACCGUUGGAGACGCAGCCGACGCACGGUGCCGGGCCUCAGAGCUCUACAACUCCCUCCUCGCCCUUCUCCACACUGCGCCGCACGUCUGCAAUGCUGGCGAGCGGUGGAAGGAACUGUCAGGCUCAAUGGCCCUGCAGAUCCUGCGUUACGCCAAUGCCCCGCCCUCGCUGCCCGGCUUCGAAGCCCAGCUGGCCGCCUGCCUCGACGAUGUGCAGGGCGGCCUCUUCCGCGAGGUCGAAGCCCAGUUCCAGCAACGCCUACUCGCUGAGCUAGCCCGCCGCUCCAUGGAGUUCAAGAACCUGUCUGGCGUCGCUCUCUUCUCGCAUGCUACAGGCGGGCGCUUGGCGGGCCACAGCCAGAGGGUGACUGGAGGCGGACUCUUCAGCACCGAAGAACCGCGCGAGCCGCGUGAGGAUGCCGGCCUCGAAGACAUGGCCAUGCGGCUGGCCCACCUGGGUGUGCUCCACUGGCGGGUGUGGGCGCCGCUGGCGUAUGAGAACGACAUCGAGAGCGAGAUGGCUGUCGCGCAAAACUCAAUGAUUUGA